UUUCAUUGUCAGACGACAACCGUUAGUUUAAAUUGAUUGUUUGAUUGAUCAACUUAAUUGUAUUAAUUGUGUGCCAACAGAGAAAUUAAAUCUCUAAUUGUUUUCUAUUAAUUGCCAAAAUAAUCUCGACAAAUUCAUCAAUCAUGUCUAUGUAUCCAUCAUUGGAAGAUAUGAAAGCUGAUCAAAUGAUCCAGGCUCAGAUAAACACUAUCCGAUAUUCUGCCAAUUCACCAUCACCUUCUUCAACAACCACCGUACGAGAGGGAGGCUAUCCCACUGUUUUACCAUUCGCUUCACCUCCUUCAGCUCCAGUUUAUCCUCCAACCUUAGGAGCGACAUCUUCUCCUCCUCCUCCCUAUCCUGUUGACUCUCGUCGAAUCGGUCAAAAUGAACUACACAUGUACCCAGCAUUGGUUGAUCUUCAUGAGUACAUGGGCCUUAGUUUAACCUCAGCUGAACUUGCUCUAAUCACUCCUAGUCCAACCAAUAAUACAGUUUCAAUCAGAUCUCCUCGAGAAUUGAUUCCAACCUCAUCUCCAAACAGCAAUAUGGUUGCUCCUCUUUCCGGUGAUUCAUUAGGCCUCAAAAGAGCCGCUGUUACUCAUGGUCUCCGUCAAGUUGUUCUUUGUAAAGAUAAAAGUGGUAAAGUUGGACUUCGAGUUAAAUCUCACAACAAGGGAGUUUUCAUCAUUCUGGUCAACGUUGAUUCGCCUGCAGCUCUUGCUGGACUUCGGUUUGGAGAUCAAAUUUUACAGAUUAACGAUGAAAAUGUGGCCGGUUACUCGAUGGAAAAGGUUCACGAUAUCAUUAAAAAAUCUCCAGUCAAUGGGAUUAACAUGGUGAUUCGAGAUCGACCCUUUGAACGAACGAUAACUCUCCAUAAAGAUAGUACAGGUCACACUGGAUUCGCUUUUAAAGAGGGUAAAAUCACUCACAUAAUUAAAGAUUCAUCAGCCGCUCGAAAUGGUUUACUAAUUGAUCAUCAAUUGUUGGAAGUUAAUGGGCAAAAUGUUAUCGGAUUAACUGAUAAAGCAAUUAGACAAAUCAUGGAAUCGAGUGAAAAUGUUAUCACCAUUACAAUUAUGCCUUCAGUUAUCUUUGAUCAUAUGGUUAAGAGUAUGGCUUCCGGAUUGAUCAAAAAAUUGAUGGAUCAUUCAAUUCCUGAUUUCUAAUCAAUAUGAUGAACAAAAAAAAGAUGCAACAAAAUUUCAACAAUCAACUAAAUGAAGCUACAAUUGAUCAUCACAAUUACAAAUUUCUAAUUGUGAUUUUAUUGAUAUUCUCUCUAUUUUGAUUUGAUUUAAUUUAAUCACAAUUCCAUUACUACAACAACUCCUUUCUCCAUUUUAAAAAUUCAAAAUUUUGUGACAUUUGAUUUGAAACAAUUUGUUAAUCAUUUCAAUUAAUCAUUGAUUCAUGUUCCCCAAUUAUAAAACUCUAGCUAUAAAAGUAUCAACCACUUUCAAGCUUAACAACAAAAUCUUAA